UCAAGCUACUUAGUACUCAACUAAACGUCUCUCAACUUUUUCCUUCUCCUCAUUACACCACUGCGUAUCCUUUGACGCAUGUGAUCUACAUACCAUUUUUAUUGUAGAAAAGAAGAGUCGCAGGCUACGUCUUUUCUCAUUCCCGACAACCGACUAUUCCCACAAUCGACCAUGGAGCAGAUGAUGCCAGGCGAUGGUGGCCGAAACCCACUAGAGGCUUGGUUUUGGGAGAUGCCGAUAUGCACACGAUGGUGGACAACAGCCACGGUCCUUACGAGCGCAUUGGUUCAAUGUCAAAUGGUUACUCCAUUCCAACUAUUCUAUAGUGUGCGCACAGUAUUUCAAAAGGGAGAGUAUUGGCGGUUAUUGACUACAUUCCUAUACUUCGGUCCAUUCUCACUCGACCUCCUAUUCCAUGUUUAUUUCCUCCAGAGAUACGCUCGUCUUCUCGAAGAAUCAUCCGGUCGGUCGCCAGCCCAUUUCUCGUGGCUAUUGCUAUACUCCACAGCCUUCCUCAUCGUUCUCUCGCCACUCGUGUCUAUGCCGUUCCUCGGACACCCUCUAUCUUCGACAUUGGUAUACAUCUGGUCGCGACGAAACCCCGAUACGCGCUUAAGCUUUCUGGGCCUACUCACGUUCACGGCGCCUUAUCUUCCAUGGGUAUUGAUGGGCUUCAGCCUCAUUAUGCAUGGUACGAUACCUAAGGACGAGAUCAUGGGCGUUGUCAUUGGUCACAUCUGGUACUUCUUCACCGACGUAUACCCUCCGAUGCACAACAACUCGAGACCGUUAGAUCCGCCAAUGUGGUGGCGCCGACUAUUCGAGCGUAGACAACAAAGGGAGGAAACAGCCAAUGCGAUCAAUAACGAAUUCGCGGUGGCGGGAGGUCCGGAACUUGCGGCGGCGGAAAUUCGUUAAGCGCGCAUGGAAGUAGUAGAGGCGAGCUCUACAAUGGUGUUUACGACAAUCAUACCUUCAUUUUACGGCGUUUCGGAACAGAUUAUGAUGGCAUUCAGUUAUGGCGUUGCAUUAGGGGCGGUACGACGGGCGUUUAUGGUCAAGAUGUGUCACGGCG